CAUGGUUGCAGGGUUUUUGAACUAACUGAGAGAGCCUAGGGUUUACACAGAAACCAGAAACCUUACGACCGUAAUGAAAGCGUUAACCUCCGAACAGGUUUUGCAAGAGAGGAAAACCACUGAUCCUAACGCCGUUACAUCUGUUACAUUCACACACAGAGCUCUGUCCGAUGUUUCGUGUUUGGGUGAAUUCAAGAAGUUGGAGAGACUGGACCUUACAUUCAACAAUUUAUCCUCUCUCGAGGGGUUGAAGCCAUGUGUAAAUUUGAAGUGGUUAUCAGUUAAGCAGAACAAGCUCCGAAGCUUAAAAGGCAUCGAGGGAUGUGUUUGUCUAACGGUAUUAAAUGCUGGAAGCAAUAUGAUCCAAUCAAUGGAUGACGUCAGCAGUCUUGUGAGGCUACGUGCACUAAUCUUGAAUGACAAUGAGAUCACGUCAAUUUGCAGGCUUGAUCAGAUGAAAGAAUUAAAUACCCUAGUUCUUUCAAAGAAUCCAAUCACUAAAAUCGGUGAAAGUCUGAGCAAGGUUAAAUCAAUCACAAAACUGUCUCUUUCAAACUGUAAAAUCCAAGGCAUCGAUUCUUCAAUCAAAUCCUGUACGGAGUUAAGAGAACUAAGGCUUUCUCAUAAUGAGAUUCGGACUCUUCCAAGUGAGUUGACUCGAAAUACAAAAAUCCAAAAUCUGGAUUUGGGAAACAACUUGAUUAUGAGGUGGUCAGAUCUUAAGUUACUUUCUUCGUUGGUAAAUCUAAAAAAUCUCAACCUAGCUGGGAACCCUGUUGCUGAGAAAGAUACAGUAGCAAAAAAGAUAAAGAAGCUGGUGCCGGGCUUGCAGAUAUUCAACUCAAAACCAAUCGAUAAAGUCAUGAAGAAUGUGACGGUUGAUGCAGAUGAUAAUCGUUUGGUUGAUGCUCGGGAUGAUGAUAAGAAAAAGGGACAGGAAAUGAAGGAACAUAAACCGAAUGUAACAACAAAAGAACGCGAUGAGGAGAAUACCAUUGUCACGGAUCCUGUUUUAGAGAAGAAAUCAAAACGCAAAUCGAGAGACUUAAAGGACCGACCCGUCAUGGUCACAGAGGAGGAAGGGAUUAAAAAGUCAAAGAAAGUCAAACACGAAGAAGAAACGGUGCGUAUUGAUGCCACAGAAAACAAUGAAAAUAGAAAUGAUAAAAGAGUUGACGACGACAAUGAUGGUCGUCUUGUGGGAAAGAAAAAGAAGAAAGUUAAGAGCAAAGCUAGUGGUUCUUCUGCUGUACAGUUACUGAGCCCAGAGGCUCAAAUCGGGUUAGGUGGCGAGUCAGCAUGGGAUGUUUGACGGGCUGUAGGCAUUCUUUUCGGUUUUUGACAUGCAGCAGAUUACUGGUAAGACGUACAUUUUGCAGGACUAACUUUUUUUUAUUUUUUGUUCUGUUACAGCUUUACUCAAGUGUAACAUUAGUUUGUUCUUUUGGCAAAGCCUAUGAAUUUAUUAUCUUUCUGCUAGUAUCUCAACAUUCAAUA